UUGCUUCCGCCCCUUCCGCCCGUCCCCAUGGCAACGCCGUAAACAUAAACAUGGCGGCGAUUUUACGUCAAACCGUGGCACCCGGGGGCGUCUAUGACCUUCCCAGAGUCUCUUACAGCGACUCCACCAAGUUGCUCAUAAAAGAGCUGGUGAGGGAGGCGGCCGUCAGCACCCAGCACCAGAGGCAGAUAGAGCGGUGGGUGAGCGGCGGCCGUGCCCUUCCCCCGCACCGCGCCCUCACCGCGCCCAGCCAGCACGCCCCGUCCCGCCCCGCGUCCCCGGCUGCCACGGCCCGCCCGAACUUUCAGAGCAAACGGUCACAUGAGGUUAUUCGCAAGAUGGGAAUGUAUGAGCCCAACACACACUACGUGCCGCCCCCGCCCAAAUAUGGCCCAGGCUCCAAGGAGAGGUGUCAGGAGCUGAUGGCUUAUGGCAGGGAGGGAGCCAUGCCACACACUGUUCCUCUCAGGAGAGAUCUGGAAGUAGACACCACUCUUUCAACUCCAACUGAUCGCUUCGCAGAAUUGGUCAGAGAGAUGGAAGAGCGUGUGGAAUGGCUGGAGGCUAUGGAGGCAGUUGGUGCAGGGGAGAAGUACCGCAGCUUGAUUGCUUCACAGCUGGCCCUCAAGCUCAGGGACUUGGAGUUACUGGACCAAGAACGAACCAUAGACCUUGCUAGAGCUGAGAGGCAAACAGCAGGUCCAAAGGAUAGUGUAGCCCAAUGAGGGGCUAAAAAGUGUUGAUAAACAAUAGAUUCCUAUAGGCAGCAAACCAAGUGAAGGUAGCAAGUGGGAGGCAUCCAUAAUUGGAUAAAAGGAUGUUAAUUUCAUUUGAAGGAAAGAGUGUCAGUGAUAUCUUGUGCUGGUUUUUACUAUGGAUAAAGGAGGAGACAGGUAUAGCAUGUUGACAAAGCCUUAUAUACCUAUUCCAAACUCAACCCUGAAGUACACAUUGUUUUGUUUAAAUUUUUUUUACUUUUGACUACUUUUACACAACUUUAUUAUUUGAUCAUAGCAUAAAUGCUUGCAGCCUACCUCGUAGUGACCUCUCUUAACACUGAUUUAAACAAAAGCCUGUCUGAACAUGGCUGAAAAUGUCAGGUUCUGUCACCAUUAUUAAAAGAGUAUGCACAAACAGGCCACUAACUGGGCUAUAAUUACAUAAGGAAUAUAUGCUGUAAUUAUUCAAGUAAUUAUUCAAUGAAAAGUUUGCAAGGUAUGAAACCCAUCUGAAAGUACUUAACGAUAGCAGAGUAAUAUAAAUGAAUGUAUACUUCAAUGCUCAGUCUAGGAAAAGAAUAAUCAAUAUUGUAAACAUCUUUCCUGCCCUGGACCUAAUUAAUGCAAGAGCAUCACAUGGACAUAAUGUUAGAGCAUGUAUGUCUUAGCAUGCCCACUGUGUUGCUGGAGGUGACUAUGAAUACUGGAGGGAAAAAGGUGAUGGCCUCAGUCAUCUGUUUUUAGCCAUACAACCUUGUUUAAAUGGUUGUUUUUAUUUUUAUUUUCCAGAAUUCCCAUCUUUCCUAUGGAGGGGAGGUAACUGAUGGUUAUAGUGAAGGUUUAAAUCAUAUAAGGCUCAAGAGUGAUUAUUAAUACUUGCUGUUUCUGUAGCUAACAAUAUUCUUCAUCCGCCAUCAAAAUUCAACAUAAAACUCCAAGUAAGCUUCAAUAUUGUCAAGACAGAACUAAGUAGAAUUCCCAACUUUCUUUAUAGAAGUACUUCAUAGAAAAAUACCCACAUGGUCUUAUUAUUAGGUGUGGUACAAGACAGUAGAAAUGUUGAUCUGCUUAUACUUUUGUGCUGACCAGAACUUAUAUAACUUUGGGACAGACAAUUAAUAUAACCAACCUUCAUUCCAGCAGAAACUGUACCUAUUUUAAUAAUUUUACAUUGGUAGGGGGAGUGUAUGGUAAAUGAUAGUUUGGCCUUAACAUUAUUUUUCACCUACAGCCUUUUGCAAACAACUAUCUUUUGUCAUUAUUUUCAUUUAUUACCUUUUCAUGGGAUUAGACAUAAAAUGACUUAGUUGUCCUCAUUUUUGAUGGCACGUUAGUAUUAUUGCCUUGGAUGCUCUUCCUCAUAGGCAACCCUCCUCAUUUGUCUGGGCUUGGGACUAGUUCUUAAGUUAGGUUGGCUUGCCCUUCCAAGAGGCUGUCAUUAAGAAACCUUUUUCAGGGUUUGUUAGGUAUGAACACAUGAAUCCACCUGUAGGAGCAGGAUGAAAAGCUGGAUGAACCAAAUUGACUGCUGCAAGGACAUUAAUCAUAUUUUGUGGGUUUGAAGCUGUUCCUUUACCCACUACAUAUAUUUAAUGACGAGAUUUUCUAUUCUUUUUUUCUAUUACUCUCUUGGUCCCACACGUCCUCUGUGUGUAUCGAAACACACGAGAAAUUAAUCACAACAAGGAGAGGGUAUUCCCCGGCUGCCUGGGAUUGAACUCGCGACCAGCGUGACGGGACGUGACGAGUCGGCCAAAGAGGUACCCCACUGGCUAAGUGGGUUAUGGGAGGCUUGUUCAUCAGGCAUAGUUGCCACACUACAUAUACG